GCCCGGCUGCUUUGCGAGCGGAGUUGAAAGGGGAGGGGGGGCAAACUUUGCAGCCCAGAUGCCUCUGGGGCUGCUCGGCAGAGCGCGGCUGCUCCUGCAGGCACCUGCCGCCGCCCUUCCCCCGGCUCUGCCGCCCUCCGCGGGGGCGGCCGGCCCCGCCGCCGCCGGGCGCCGAGGCGGCGGGCGCUGCGGCCGCGGCUAGGGGCGGGCGAGUAAGCGGGCGGGCGGGCGAGCGAGCGAACGGGCGAACGAACGGGCGCGCCCCCAUGCGGGUCCCGGGCUGGGGCGCGCCGGCAGGCGGGAGGCGGGCGGCGGCCGGGCGGUGUUCUCCUCCUGCCGCCGCCUGAGGGGACGGCGGAGCGGGACGCCGGGAGCCAUGGGCUAUUGCAGCGGCCGGUGCACGCUGGUGGCGGUGUGCGGCGCGCAGCUGGUUUCUGUGCUCGAGAGGCAGAUAUUUGACUUCCUUGGUUAUCAGUGGGCACCCAUCCUGGCAAAUUUUAUACACAUUAUUAUAGUCAUACUUGGCUUAUUUGGAACUAUCCAGUACAGACCUCGUUACAUAACAGGAUAUGCUGCCUGGCUGGUCCUUUGGGUUACAUGGAAUGUGUUUGUUAUCUGCUUCUAUUUGGAGGCUGGGGACCUUUCAAAGGAAACAGAUCUCAUUCUGACCUUUAAUAUCUCAAUGCAUCGCUCUUGGUGGAUGGAGAAUGGGCCGGGCUGCACCGUGACCUCAGUAACCCCAGCCCCAGACUGGGCACCAGAGGAUCAUCGUUACAUCACUGUCUCGGGGUGUUUUCUUGAAUAUCAGUACAUAGAAGUGGCUCACAGUUCUCUUCAGAUCUUCCUUGCACUGGCGGGCUUCAUCUAUGCCUGUUAUGUUGUGAAAUGUAUUACUGAAGAAGAGGACAGCUUUGAUUUCAUAGGUGGAUUUGACUCUUACGGCUAUCAAGGUCCACAGAAGACAUCUCAUUUACAGCUACAGCCCAUGUAUAUGUCAAAGUAAACAUGGGGACGACUCAACGUGGGCUGGAGGACCUGUCAAAGAAACUGUUUCAGGAUGACCUCCUGGUUCUUCAAACAGCAAAAAAAAUCCAGGUUUUGUGCUAAAAAAAAAAUAAUAUAAAAGCUGAUUGAACAGUGAGACAAGAACACAACGGACACCUUCAGCCCUUCUUUCUAACAGGUACUAAGGGGGGUGCCCCAGACCCCCACCUUGGACCUCCUGCCUCCCAGCACCAGAGGGCCAGAGCAGAGGCAUUGGUGCUAUCUUCUGGCUCUUCCCUACCCUGGCCACCGCCAGCGUCGCCCAUCUGGAUUAAGACAUGGACCCAGCCCAUUCGGAGCUUUCGGAGCCCCCUCCGCACUCCUGGCCCCGUCGAGUCCCCUUAGUCAACACAACACUAAAAAUACCAGGAUGACCUUGCAGCAGAAGUCAAUAGACAGCACGUUGUUUGCCCUGAAGGCUGUACAGUUCAUACUUGCCUUAACCCAACUGCGUUGCACAUCAGAGAAACUCCGUGCAAGCUUUCUGAAGUAACGUCCUUUAGGCUCAACAUGCUGCUGUUAAUUCUGAACGAUUUCUAAGUCAGUGGUUUUCUUCUGUUUGGUUUUGUUUUGUUUUCAUGUCAGGGAAUAAGGCUCUGUUGCUCCACGGCUCCAGAGCGACCAAGUAGAAAACUGCCAGCUGUCUGAGAAGUGCUUUACUUUUGAGGCUCCACAGUGGUCAAGAAACAAACAGUUUAUAAUGGUAAAAAAAAAAAAAAAAAAAAAAAGAAAUGACACCUUUUGGGGGUCAGGGUGGGGAAAGGGGUAACAUAAACUAAUAAAUGAACCUACUGGAAGUAAGCAGCAGAAACAGUGCUUCUUAAUCCCGCUCUUUUUAUUUAUCGCACUGUAGGUGCUUUUAUAGCUAUCUCUAAAUGUCUUUUACUAACUACAGAGACAUCUGCAGAUUUCUAUCAACAAAGGCCAACUGAAUAUGUACUAGCUAUGUUUACUCUUUUAUAUCUAAUUUCAACUGAAAAUUCUCUGUAAGUGAGCUUUUUUUUUCUAAUUGCACCAUAAGGGAUCCAUAUAUUUUAUUUUUUGGUUUCAGUUGGGGAGGGCGGGGAGGGACUAGUUGAGUUGAAGAAAUAUUGGAGACCUUUUUGUGGUAUAUUUGGGGGAUCUGUUGUGUGUUAGAAUGUGUACUUUAUCUUCCUGUAUUAUUGUGGCUGAAAAAAAAAAAAACUGUGCUGUUACGUAGUUGGCAACAAGAUGCCUUUGGGAAUUUUGCUAGUAGGUCAAUGUGUAUAUGAAAUACUCUGAACUCCUAGGAACAUAUGUUUUGUUCUACAUCUGAUCUGUAUUUUUCAGGCACUUAGGUGGCUUUCAUUAGGAAAAACCCAAUAUUUUGCUCAGGCUUUUCAGAAACUUGGAUUGUCAUUGUUUCUUUGCUCAGACCUUGCAUAGGCAAACGCACGCACCUACCACACCUGAGGUGACCGCGUAGCUUUUGAGGGCGAGAGGGAAGGUCGGCACUUGGAAAAGCUCGAGAUGCCCCCCCGAGCGACUCCCUUUCCUCCCACGGCCUGUGCGCUCACGCCACUCAUCCAUCCCUGUACAAACCAGCGCCCUUUGCCGUGUCUGCAUGGAUGUACAGCGUCACAAGCAACAACUCUGGACAAUGACAGAGGAACAGGCGUUCACCAGUGAAAAUAAGAUAUGGGACAUGUUCAGGAACUAUACGUACAUUUAUUCAGUGAGAUUUUUUUAUAUCUAUAUAUAUGUGUAUAUGUAAGUGUAUGUGUGUGUGUGUAUGUCUAUGUAUAUAAAAUACACAGGAAUAACUAUCGGCAGGGGUUGCAUAACCCAGGAAGCAUCCGAUGCGCGGGGCCAAGGGCUCCGGCCCCAGAUCCUCAUAGGGAUUUGCUGCCUCUAUUAGGCACGUCCCCUAGGCCUGAUCCCGUAAAGCAUUCAUCGCUGAUUUGGAUCUCAAAUUUAAAUUUUCGGACUUGGUUACCCAAAAUUCUGAGUUCAUUCUGGGUGGAGCUGCUUUUCACCCCCUGGAAAAUCAUGCAACUUCCAAGUGCCAGGCUGAAAUUUCCCAUAACUUAAAAACUUUGGAAAGUUUCUACUUUUAUGUAGGAUUAAAUACAGCAGAUGCAUAGUAUUAAACACAAUGUAGAAGUUUAAAUGGAAUGAAAAUGUCAUAACAGGGCAUUUUAGCUUUCCCUGUAUACCGGUUAAUCAAAAUCACAUUUCUAUAAAAAUCAUUUUUUAACGUGAAAAGCAAGCGGCUUAGGCACCUAAGCAGCAAUCCAAUUUUCAGAAGAUAAUUUUUCAUACCUUUCAGUGAUUUCCCAUGGAACCGCGGCUACUGGUAGUUAGCAAUUUUAGAAGUCAGACAAUUUAAUGAAGUGUCUACACAUAGCUUUUAGGCCUGAUUUUAAUUUAGAAAAUUUUGGCCUUAAUUUCUCUGUGUCUUAGUCUUCCCAUCUACAAAAUGGGAAUAACAUGUGCCUCGCAGGUUUUUUGUGAGGUCUGAAUUGUUAAUGUUUGUAAAGUGCUUAGGAAAUAGGAAGCACAUCUAACUAUUAAGGAUUAUAUUAUAAAUGUGUAUUCAUAUAUUACAUAUAGAGUAGAUAUACACACACUCACAUACACACAGUAUACAUAUAUGUACACAUACACACCUAUAUGAAGUUGGUAUUCAUAACCCUGCUUAAGUUGCAGUUAAAGCACCACCAUUAAAAAGAAAUUGGGACUGUUGACUACUAAAUUAAAUGAUUAGUGGACAGAUCUUUUCUGGAAGCAGUUUAGAGCACAGUAAUGUGAGAAUAUCUGGAUGACAUUUUUGAUUUGUACAGCUGUAUCCUCCUCAAAAUCCAGUAAAGAAUGUUAUUUUUCUAGGCUGGGCUUUUGUUAUAAACUUAAAUAUUCAGAAGGCAAGAGGUACAAUCCAAAUGUGUCUUUUUUUUUUUCUUUUCUUUUUGGCAUUUGUUAAUUCUGAAUGUAUUUUUAACAAAAGUGAUUUUUUUGACUUACUAGUGUAAUUUGCAUUUAAAAAAAAAUAAAUGGAAAAAAUAUAGGUUUCCAAGCUA